ACCCUCCCUCCUCAAUCAACAGUGACUUCCACAGGAGAAAAAAAGAGAAAAAAGAGAAGGGAUAAAAAGGAAGAAGAAACUCUAUAAUCAUUCUCUUGACCCAAGCUCUCGUUUUUUUUGGCUUAUGCUCUUUAAAACCCUUUUCCUCUUCUUCUUCCUCUCUCUGUAACUCCCCACGCUGCAGAGACCACAGCAAGCUGGCUGCUGCUUUCUGUUGCUAUCCAGCACUAAAGAUUCCUUCUGUAAUAUGCCAAAUGGACCCUUGAUGCCCUUGAAAAGCCCCUUAGAGAUGCUCUGCUCCAUUGUCCCCCAUGGCUUGGCUUCACUACCUAAAACCUAUAUACUGAGCAUUACAAGAGUUAGGCACUUAAAAUACAGGCGUAACAUAUUAUAAAUAUGAAGAGGCACUCUGACAUCAGAAGGGAUCGGUCAGGGUCAGCGCAAUCAGAAGAAUCAGCGUUGGAUAUGGAAAAAAACUUGUGCGGUUGCCCGAAUCUUCCUUGUAGUCCUUCUCUCCAACCAUUUGCAUCAGCUGGUCAGCACUCUGAAAGUAAUGCUGCAUAUUUUUCAUGGCCUACCUCUACUCUAUUGCUCGUGCUUAUACCUGCCAUUCUUGUUUUUGUUGCAAGGAAAGUUCACCGAAAAUGGCUCAACAACAUCCAAUGCUUGCCCAUUGCCCUAGAGGGACCGGGGGGUGUAUGGUGUGAUGUAGAUGUGGUUGAAUUCUCAUAUUAUGGGGCACCAACACCGACUCCAAAGGAACAACUGUACACUGAGCUUGUGGAUGGCUUGCGAGGGAGUGAUCCAUGUAUAGGUUCAGGUUCUCAGGUGGCUAGUCAAGAAACUUAUGGAACUUUAGGUGCUAUUGUCAGGAGUCGAACAGGAAACAAACAGAUUGGUUUUCUUACAAAUAGGCAUGUUGCAGUUGAUUUAGAUUAUCCUAACCAGAAGAUGUUUCAUCCUUUGCCAUCCAAUCUUGGACCUGGAGUUUAUCUCGGCGCUGUGGAAAGGGCAACUUCUUUUAUUACAGAUGACCUUUGGUAUGGGAUAUAUGCUGGUUCAAACCCAGAGACCUUUGUUCGAGCUGACGGGGCAUUUAUUCCCUUUUCUGACGAUUUUGACAUGUCAACAGUCACCACUUUAGUGAAGGGAGUUGGUGACAUUGGAGAUGUCAAGGUUAUAGAUUUACAAUCUCCAAUAAAUAGCCUCAUUGGAAGACAAGUAGUGAAAGUUGGAAGGAGCUCGGGUCUCACCACUGGAACAGUAAUGGCUUAUGCUCUUGAAUACAAUGAUGAGAAAGGCAUAUGUUUCUUUACUGACUAUCUUGUUGUCGGUGAGAACCACGAGAGUUUUGAUCUUGAAGGUGAUAGUGGAAGCCUCAUCAUUUUAACUUCGAAAGAUGAUGAGAAGCCUCAGCCUAUAGGGAUUAUAUGGGGAGGGACAGCAAAUAGAGGGAGGUUGAAGCUUAAAAGUGGUCAUGGUCCUGAGAACUGGACUAGUGGGGUUGAUCUUGGCCGGCUUCUUGAUCUUUUGGAGCUUGAUCUCAUCACAACGAAUGAAGGACUUCAAGAGGCAAUUCAAGAGCAGCGGAUGGCUUUAGCGGCAGCUGAUUCCACUGUCGGAGAAUCAUCCCCUAAACUAUGCACUCUGCAGAAGGAAAAUACCAAAGAAAUCUACCAGCCUUUGGGCAUCAAUAUCGAGGAACUCCCUCGUGAUGAAGCUACUGGCUCAAAAUCAGCCCCCCAAAAUUUCACAAAUUUGGAGUUCCAAGUUGCAAUGGAUGUCUAUAAUAAAGUAGAAGAACAUAGUUUUAUUAGCAUGUCCCCAGUUCAUAAAAGUCAAGAAGAGAACAAAGAGCUUAAGUCUCUCUCAACAUUAAGGAACUCAGAUGAUGAAGAAGACCUCUGUGUUUCUUUGAGGUUAGGGGAUGAUCGAGAGCCUAAAAGGCAGCGGUCUGAGCCUUUAGAUUGUAAUGGCUCACCUAAAUGAAGAGAUUAUUUGAUGAUUUGGUUCCAAUUUGGACUGGAGAUUUUUUCAAUAUUUCGGCUCAACGAUCAUUCUGAGAUUAGUAAUUUAACCAGUUGAGGGUUCUUUAGAAUUUCAUGUUUUAAUCUUUAGAGUGAAUUUGAGUUCCAUUUUGUAGAUCGAACUCGUAUCGAAAAAUUAGUAGUAUAUUUAACUUGGGCUUAUGGAUUCUUCUUAAAUGAAAAUGUUGUCACUUGAGUUUUCGUUUUGGAUGUGUAGCUCUCCGUUGUUAGCAUCAGAGAUCAAAUCCUCAACUUUAAAGUUCA